AUGGAGCGACACGCCCACAACGAGACAGGUCCCGCUGAGCAGCAGCUGUUCACGUGGCUCUGGUUUGGAGGGUUGUCGUUCCGAACCAUCGCCAAGCAGACAGGACGGAGUCCAACCACGGUGCGCAAGUGGGUGCGGCGUCUGCUGGGCAAGAACGUUUUUUUCAGCGUCAUGUUGGUGUUGGCGUGGGCGACUCAUGCGGUGGUCCUGUACGGCGUGGUAGGGGUGAGCAGAGCCGGGACGGCGGGCCUGGGCAUGAGGCAAGUGGUGGAUGCAGGUGGCGGGUGGGAGGAGGAUGUUGCACAAGCGGCGAGUCAGGUGGUCCAGCGCUACCUGGCUGGGUGUCAUCUGGUGCUGGCCGCCCCCCGACCCUCGCGUGCCCUGCCUCACCUCAUCAGGCGUCUGUCUGAGGUGGGCGAGCUGGCCGUGUUUCUGCAGCCUUGCGGGAACACCACGCUGCUCCACGGAAGCUCCAAAGAAAAAGUCUUCCCGGGGAAUAACGAAGUGCCAUACUUUUGGCGUGAGGUGUGGGAGUCCAGCAAGGCCACGUGUCGCGCCUUCCUGCUUGACCUUACUACCUGUGGCACAGACACAGCCGCCAGGGUGUUGUCGUGGUCUGGGUUGUGGCUGCAGCCUGACACUCACGUGGUCAUGGCUGGAGGCAGGACGGACGUUGGAGAGCUGUUCCACCACGCAGCGCUUCGCAACACUCCUCACCUCCUCUACAUCACACACGGCCUCUCAGCGUCACUCAACGUAACGGGGAAGAAAGCAAACUUAAAGAUAGCUGGGCGGCGCACCGUGGAGGCGUACUAUCGAUGCUUUUACUGCGCAUCACGGCAAGCCAGACCACUCCUAGUGCUCAGAUGGAACUUGAAUGAUGGAAUAUCUGAGAAUUUUGAAAUGUUUAAAGAUCAACACAAGAACUUUCUGGGACACAGGAUGAACAUUGUAUUGAUGCCAUACUUUCCCUACAUAAGCUAUAGAGUUGAACAUGACGCCUCCGCCACCACAGUUCACCUGGAGGACUCUCUCAACACUCGCAUGGUCACCGCUCUUGCCAGCUACAUGAACUUUACAUACGAGGUACGCGAGCCCGCAGACAACCAGUGGGGCGUUCCAGGGAGCGGCGGGAACUGGACAGGCAUCGUGGGUACUCUGCAGCACGAGUUAGCAGAUUUUUCCAUGGACCUGACUCGCACACCAGGGAGGUCAGAGGUCGUCGAAUAUUCAAGGAUAUACAUCGACGAAUCCAUUGUCAUUCUGUCGUCCAAGCCAAAGCCCUUGCCUGAGUACUUGUCACUGAUCAGGCCGCUUGAAGGCGAGGUGUGGGGCGCCAUCGUGGUGUGUGUGAUGGUGUGGGGAACAGUGCUGUGGGUGAUGGAGAGACUGUCGCACUGGAUAACUGGACGCCGCUACUUCAGCUUCUCCUCCUCCAUCUUCUACGGGUGGGGGCUGCUGCUGGAGGACCACCCCUUCGAGCCGCCCUCCAACCCCGCAAGUCAAAUCCUGGUUGGUUUUUGGCUGCUGGUGUACCUGAUCCUCUCGACAGCCUACAGCAGUUCCCUCAUCUCCCAUCUGGUGGUGAAAGGCAAGUCGUCUGUCAUCAACGACAUGGAGCAUCUGGCAGAGCGGGGCGAGGAGGGCUGGGAGUGGGGCAUUCCUGCGUCUAGGAUGACAGGCGCACAUAAGACAUUUUUCGUAACGAGUCCCACUCCAGCAAUCAUUGAAGUGCACAACGGCAUCAAGAUUACCGAAACAGAAGAAGGAAUGGCGCUAGCGUUGCAAGGCGGUUUCUCAUACAUCGACAACUAUUACUUCAUCCAAACAUUGGUGUCCACCUUUUACACAGACGACUCGGGCUACACUCCCGCUCACAUCAGCACCACCCACUAUCCACUGUUCGUCGGCAACGCGUGGGCAUUCCGCCCAGGUGCACCUUUCCGUCAGCGCUUCAGCAGUGCCAUCCAGCAGCUCCUGGACUCAGGGCUCAUCACUUUCUGGAUGAAUGACGUGGUGAGGACCCACGUUAGAGAAGAACGUCAGGCUUCAAAGGAGAAAGGCACACAACCAAAGCUAACUUUUGAAGAAGCAAGCGAUGGCCAGGUGGCGCUGGGGCUCAGUCACCUACAGGGCGGCUUCUAUGUGCUCUUCCUGGGCCAAGCUGCGGCCUCCCUCUCCUUCCUCUGUGAGCGCUUUUCCAGAUCACGAUGAUUUUAAGAUACCAAUUUUGCUCAUCUAAGUUUGCCACAGAUUAAAAUUUACCUCAUGGUUGUGAAUGGUAAAAAAAGUCCCUCUAGCUAUAAAUAUCUCGUUCUCACUCGUAUGUUGUAAAGAAUUGUGCUGCACAGCGAGGCCAGGCGUGACGUGCACCGCGUCAAAGUGAGGCUACUACUAAUUCGACGUGUUGCCAAGUUUUGGUGUAUCAAAAUAAUAGUUAUAACCUUCUAAAUACGUUAUCGAUCCUAUUCAAUAAAAUG